GCAGCACAACCACAACCCACCGCCUGCAGUGCACCGAAGGAAGCAAAUCGAAACUCCUCAAUGAGUUCACCUUCAGAUAAAUAGUUUGUCCCCCUUUCUCUCAACUCUUAUUUUAACCAACAGGUGUCCCGACAAAAUGAAUGGCUCUCUGCACUCCUCACCCGACGUGGUGGACAUUAAGCUGAAGCGAGGACCCGCAGGCUUGGGAUUCAAUAUAGUUGGAGGCGUGGACCAGCAGUAUGUGAUGAAUGACAGUGGCAUAUAUGUGUCCAAAAUUAAAGACGAUGGAGCUGCAGCUGUGGACGGAAGACUCCAAGAGGGGGACAAGAUCCUGGCGAUCAACGGAGUCAAGCUCGAGGAUCUGACACACAGAGCUACGGUGGACCUGUUCAGGACAGCAGGCGAGGACGUGGAGCUCCGUGUAAUGAAAAAGGAAAAGAAAAAAGCAUGGAGGCAGGAGAGAAGAGGGAGCCACCGAAAGAAAGGCGUAAGGACACUGAUGCAGCUCAGAGAGAUGACCAGUGGAGAAGAAGAGAAAGAGACAUCAAAGUACAGAAGUGUAUAUAGUUCAGAGGAGAGCAACGAAAUGCAGUGUGAGGUAAGAGUAGCUCCAGGUUGUGGUGAGUGUAGUUUAGCCCCCAAAAAUCCCCCUAUGUGAAGCGUUUAAAGCCCAGUUCAGACCAAAGAUUCGCAACAAGAUGAGUUGAAACAAACGUGCCGUUCUGCAACGUUCUAAAAACCUGUCGGUGAGACGGUGUAUCAUCUCUAUGCAACAACUCUCUGUGCUUCUGUUCUGAUUUGCAGCUUUUCAGGUUUAUUUUGUGACUGAAUAUAAUUUGUAGCGUCUUAAAAUAUGAAUGAGGACAAUGAUAGUGAGGUACUGACUACAGCUGCAUUUGUAGUAGUGAUGAAACGGCAAAAAACAAACACAACAAGCAUCAGAUGGACUGUAUUCAUAAUAAAUACACCACAAUAAUAUAAACCAGUGCCAAUUAAUCAGUCAGGGAGAAUGUGUGUGUGGGGGGGGCAUAAGCACAUACAGCGAGCAGCAGCAGCGACCCACUGUCUGACACCGGCACACUGUGGGGACGGAACACCUGCUGCAGCAAGCAAGCGCGUCAUCUGCAACUUUUCUCUGCAACGUUCUAAAACGGUUUUGUCUCGUUGUGAAUCUUUGGUCUGAGCUGGGUCAUGUCUGUCUCUUUCCCUGACCAUAGACAAGUCACAACUAGUAAAGGGAAAAACAAAUUCAGCUUUAAAACAUUAAUAGCUAAAUGUUUUCUUCAAUUCAAAAUGAAACAAUGGCCUACACAAUAGCCAAACCUAAUUAAAUGGAUUUUGCUGACUAGGGGAGCGUGGGGAACCUCCAGACGUGGAGUAAAUUGUAACACAGACUUUUAGUAGUUACACAGGGUCAAUCCUUUCGUGCUUCUGGCCAUUUGACCACAAUACCACCAAACAGUGGCUCACAAUAUUCCACCGAGACUGGACUUGUUUCAGCUAAGUUCAUUGACAAAGAGUGUUUUUGGCUGAUUUAAGUUAAUUUCUUUAUUUCUUCUAUUCUGUAAGUCACCGAAUCCAGCCAUGUAUCAUCUUAUUAACUGUCUUCUUGUCUAAAACAUAGCACUGUUUUGAAGUAUGUAACCAACUCCCAGCAAGUGUUAGCUAGACUUAAUAACAUUUCCAUAGAGCAGGGUUAGUUAUAACGCUGUGUUCCAACUAAACCUCCUACAGCGUAUUUUUGCACUUCAAACUUACGUUAAAUUUGACUUAUGUCCUUAAUUAAAUGAGAUAUACUUUGCAUUUUUUAAUUUGUCAGAUAUCUUAUUGACACACAGUCUCACAGUCUUAAUAUUCAUAAAUCCAAUACUCCUAUUUUGAUGUAUGGAUCUAGGUUAUCCAACCUAUGUACAUCUAUGGGUCCAACCAUGAUCAAUGAUAGACGAACAGAUGGAUGAAAACCUGUACGGAUACCUAUUCUUCCACUGAUGUAGAUGGAGCAAUAGGUAUCUACAAGAAUCUGUCCAUCAAUCUAUCACAGAUGAUAAGAGUGAAAUAUAUAAUAUCCACACAUACUACGUAUCCGUCUAUGUGUUGAUCUGCAUUCAUGAAACAGUGGUGGUCACAUGAGGGAUGUACAGAUGUUUGGAUACGUAGCAUAGAUAGAUCCUUAAAUGUUAUCAACCUAUAGUAUAUAGAUGUAAUUGUAUUGAAUUAAUUGUGUUGUUACAAUUGACCCCACCCACGAGGUCCAUUUUAACAUUUCACUUCUGCCAUUUCUCUGCAAGUGUAGAAGAAAGGUAAGCUCUAGAAAAGUAAAACAACUGUUCAUGUGUAGCAGAGAUGUGUUUGUUGUUAAGGAAAAAAAAAAUAUCUCAAACAGUUUUAAUAACAUGUAGCCAAAACUAAAAUGUGUUAGGUUGAACCCCGCUCUCCCCUACCUGAAAUUGCACUUCUAUUCCUUUUCCCUUAAGGUUAAUAUUUCAUAAAAGUGUAGUCAUUGUUGUUAGUGGAGGUGGUCCUUAUUUAAGGAGAGGUUUCCACCUCUGCUUUAAACACAAUGGUGAAGCCUGAAGAAGUCACGUAAUGUGAUAUGAGUGAACUGUGUCCUGCUGAGGAUUAGAGGUAAUGCAACACCCAGCUCUACUUUCGAUAUCACUGUAGUUCCUCCUCCUACAUCCUGGAGUUCCCCUGACUGACAUUUCCUCAAGAAAAUGAAAAAUAAAUCCCCAGUAACACCUGAUAUUUGUUCACAGCUGGCACGCUGUGAGCAAAUAUACACUCUGACACUUAGACUGUGAGACCUCUGAGACAGGUCUGAGACAGAAGACGUGUGUGACGUAGUUUUGACUGUUGUGAUAUAUAUGUAGUGUUUUUAUUCUAUUGAUAGGAAUACAUGCAUUAAUGGUCUGAAAUAUACUGUUGUUACUUCAGAUGACAUUAAUGCUUCUUGUGCUUUCAAUGGGUUCACUAGUGUUGUGUCAGAAGAUGUCACCAGUAGCAGGGGAGUUUAUCUCUACUCACAUUGGAUGUAGUGGAAUGAAUGAAACACUUUCAGUCGAGCCUCACUUCUGCUUUGCAAAUCAAAAUCUGAAGGCACACACUCAUCAAAUAUUUAUUGAGAAAAUGAUUCAAAGAUUUGUUUUUAAAUGUUUUAAAAUUACAUCAAAGCACCAAUAACACAUCCAUUUAAACGAGAAAUAAUGUAAGAUAAUGUGUCAUACACUUAUUAUUCCCUCGCAUAAAUGGUGACAAAUAGGUUUUGUUUUUUUGCAAAGAUUUGUUUUUAUUAACAGAUGCUCAAAUUACAGUGCAGUAGCAGUUCCAAAAAAAUUAAAAAGAAAAAGUGAAGGGACAAAGAUACUAAAAACAUAAGAAGAGACAAACUAAUCAAAAAAAACCAACACAGAUAGAAAGAAAUAUUUAAAUUAAAUAUAUACAGAGAGGAUGUACUAAAAUGCAAUGUUAGAACAUUUAAUGUACAAACAUGUAUUAAUAAGUUCACAAAUGGAUCCAAAUUGAUCAAAGUCGGGAAAGAAACACAAGAUGUUGUUCAGCAUCAACCCCCCCCAACCCUUUAUUGUUCUCUAUUUUGGUCAUUUAUGAAUAGACUAAAGUUGCCUCUUUAUCAGGAAACAUAACUCAGCUGCAGCCGACAACUUUAUAAACUCUCCAAAACCAAUAAUGUGACAUAAAUGCAAAGCUGUUUUGAAUCCCUUCCUCAGGCUCUCUUGUUGUCCGUCUUUACCCAUUUACUUCCUGGACUCAUUGUGUGUGCAAACAUACAAAACUAUGUGUAAAUGCCUUCCAGGAAAGACUGUCAACAAGCAUGUGUCAUUAUUCCUAUUGAAACAAUUCAUGCCUCUAACCCCUCUUUAUGACUCGAGAUGUGGUCAGAUGAUACUUUGAGUAUAACUCAGUCGUUAGACCAGGGACACUCAACCUGCUUUACCUGGGGGCCACUUUUGCAAAAUGACAGGAGGCCAGUUAACAAACAACCAUUAAUCAUAUUUAUCAGUAUAGGUAAUAAAUUAAGUGCAUCUUUUCAACCUUUCAUUGUUUGCGGUACCUAAUCAUCUUUGACAAGAGGCAAAUCCAGUCGCAGCAGCCCUGCACAGGUCAGGUGUGGUGUACACAGAGGUGUUUCUAGAUUUAGGGACAUUCAGGGCUUAGUAUGGACCUCUGUUCAGGGGGAUCGUCCCCUGGCACUUUUUUUUAUGGAUAAACAUCCUCUAUUUCGAUGCUUUUUAUUCACUCUGACA